AAACGACAAUCUAUCUGAGACAUUUUGAAGCAUGAACCGUAGAAUCUUGGCUACCUGGUAACUAGUUGAGAUUUUGUUUCGUGUUUUCUUGGCUUUGUAUCAAUGCUCUGUCCAGAUCAGCAGCCAAAUUUGUUCUCAUGCAAAGACAGGCUGGUUCAGGAACCACUUCAAUGUGUGGUCUUAAGCAAGCACUCACUUUGACUGCCUACCCGUUCUAUCUUCAAACUCAUUUUCUCUCGUUCCACUGUUUGGUAAAUUAAAGAGAACCGAAAACCCAGUUUCCAAUCCAUAAAAGAAGCAAGGUUCAAUCAGAGCAGGGACCUGAAAAAUAAAUUUAAAGCAUGGAGGAUGGGGCAGUGAAUGGUUAUGAAAUGGAUACACCUAAAAACAUUACCAUCAAAGGAAUUCUAAGUCUGCUAAUGGAAAGCAUUGAUAAUAAUAAUCAUAGUAGGAGUGUGAUUUCACUGGGCAUGGGCGACCCUACUGCUCAUUCUUGCUUUCACACCACACAUGUUGCUCAAGAAGCUGUUGUUGAUGCUCUUCAAUCUGACAAGUUCAAUGGUUAUGCACCUACUGUAGGCCUUCCUCAAACAAGAAGUAGAAAGCAUCUGAAAGUACAUACCUCCAUGUUCAACUUUGAGAGUCUGCAAGCAACCAUAGAGCUUAUCAGUUUCUACUUGAUUAUAAUAUGCUUACUCUUCUGUAGGGCGAUUGCUGAAUACCUAUCUCGUGAUCUUCCUUACAAGUUAUCAUCUGAUGAUGUUUUUAUAACAUCCGGUUGCACUCAAGCUAUUGAUGUUGCUUUGGCGAUGCUUGCUCGCCCUGGUGCAAAUAUCUUGCUUCCAAGGCCAGGCUUCCCAAUUUAUGAACUUUGUGCAGCUUUUAGGCAUCUUGAAGUUCGGCAUUUUGAUCUUCUCCCAGAGAAAGGCUGGGAGGUUGAUCUUGAUGCUGUCGAAGCCCUUGCAGAUCAGAACACUGUUGCAUUGGUUAUUAUAAAUCCUGGGAAUCCUUGCGGCAAUGUAUACUCUUACCAACAUUUGAAAAAGAUUGCAGAAACUGCUGAAAAGCUCAAAACUCUUGUUAUUGCUGAUGAAGUGUAUGGACACCUUGCCUUUGGUCGUAAUCCAUUUGUGCCAAUGGGAGUUUUUGGAUCCAUUGUUCCUGUUCUUACCCUUGGUUCUCUUUCAAAGAGGUGGAUUGUACCUGGAUGGCGACUUGGUUGGUUUGUGACAAGUGAUCCAUCUGGCAUGUUUAGAAAUCCCAAGGUUGUUGAACGUAUUAAGAAGUACUUCGACAUUUUGGGAGGACCUGCAACCUUCAUCCAGGCAGCAGUUCCUGGCAUUCUUGAGCUAACUGAUGAGGUUUUCUUCAAGAGAACUAUCAACAUACUGAAGCAGUCCUCAGAUAUAUGUUGUGAUAGGAUAAAGGAGAUCCCUUGCAUUUCUUGCCCAUACAAGCCAGAGGGAUCAAUGGCUUUGAUGAUGAAAUUAAAUCUUUCACUACUAGAAGAUAUCAGUGACGAUAUUGACUUCUGCUUCAAACUGGCCAGAGAGGAAUUUGUCAUCAUUCUUCCAGGAACUGCUGUGGGGCUAAAGAAUUGGCUCCGUAUGACUUUUGCCGUUGAUCCAGUAUCCCUAGAAGAAGCUUUAGGGAGAGUGAAAUCGUUCUGUCUAAGGCAUAGCAAACAGUUUGAAAGAUACUAGCGUUCAGAGUCAACCAAAUUAUAGGACAUUUGCCUGCAAUUUAUAGGUUCCUUUUCAUGGUGAAGCUGUUGUAAAGUUAGAUGACCAUAUUUUUACAGAUCCCCAGCAAAGCUUGUAGUCAUCAAGACUACGUUGUUAAUAAACAUACAACAUAAUAUAUCAGUGGCCUUAUUCAUGUUUUGUUGGACAAUGAGCUUGUAACGAAAGCUCUUUACAAGGAGGAAGAACAAUAACUUUUCUGUGCGUUCUCUA